AUGGAAUACAAAGGUAAACUAUACUCAGUUCUUAGCGUAAGUUAUUCGAAGUUUAUCAAUCAGAUCAGUGCUUGGAAACGUUUUAUCUCGGGAUUUGACAAUUGUUGCAUUUAAUAAUGGCGGUAAUUUACAUCAAGUUGCAUAACAAUUUUUUUUUUUAUUUUGCAGCCAUUCAUAAACCACAAUUAUAUAUAGUUUUUUCUUGACAAGGUGAAAAAUUAAUAAUGUUUGUGUAGAAGAUGUAUAUAAGAAUUUGAGAUUGUCAGCUAUUUGAAGGGUCAAAAAGUAAUGAGUAAAAGAGAAUCGACCAGUGAGAAAUCGACCAGUGAGAAAUCAACCGUUGAGAAAUCAACCGGUGAGAAUUCUACAUAUUCUACAAAGGAAAUAGAAGAUCAUUCAGACUCAACUAUCGAUCCAGAAGAGAUCAAAUCAAAUCCAUUCUUAGAUCCUGGUGUUGAAGAAUAUUACAGGAAACUAUACAAUGAUGCUAAAUAUGAAUGUCGAUUUGCUUUUGAUCCCGAGUUUAAAUGGGAUGAAGAAGAAGAAAAGAAAGUAAUUUGGAAAUUAAAUUGGAGAGUUAGUUUGACUUCCUGUAUUAUGUUCAUGGCUUUACAAAUAGAUAGAGGGAAUCUUGCUCAAGCUGUAACAGACAACAUGUUAGAUGAGUUAGGAUUAACCACUAAUGAUUAUAAUACCGGUAAUACGAUAUUUUAUGUUUCAUUCUUGCUUGCUGAGAUACCAUCACAAUUAAUUUCGAAAGCUUUGGGUCCAGACAUUUUUAUACCUAUUCAAAUAUGUGCUUGGUCUUUAGUUGCCAUGUUUCAAUUCUUUUUAAAAGAUAAAGCUGGGUUUUUUGUCACUAGAUGUUUGAUAGGUGCUAUUGAAGGUGGAUUCAUUGCUGAUUUAGUAGUAUGGUUAAGUUAUUUCUUCACAGCCAAGGAAUUAUCAGUUAGGUUAUCUUGGUUCUGGACAACGUUAGCAUUAACACAAAUUGGUACAGCAUUAUUAGCAUUUGGAAUUUUAAGAAUGAGAGGAAUAUUAGGUUAUUCAGGAUGGCAAUGGUUGUUUCUUCUUGAAGGGAUAUUUACAUUGUUGAUUGGUUUAUCGUCAUUUUAUUUAAUGGUUCCAUCUGCUGUACAGACUAGAAAUUGGAUGCAUCCAAAAGGUUGGUUCACUGAACGUGAGGAAAAGAUUGUGGUAAAUAGAGUAUUAAGAGACGAUCCAUCAAAGGGAUCAAUGCAUAAUAGACAAGCUGUAAAUUUCAAAAUGUUAUGGAAGAGUUUGAUGGAUUAUAAUUUAUGGCCCAUAUACGUAGUUGGUUUAAUUACAUAUAUUGGUUAUUUUACUUUCACACCCUAUUUCGGAUUGAUAAAUCGUGAAUUAGGGUUUUCUGUUUUCAAUACCAAUUUAUUAACAAUUCCUCAAGCUGUACUACAUAUCAUUUUGAUAUUAUGGAUCACUUGGUUUUCUGAAAGAAUUAAUGAACGUGGAUUUACAUGUUGUCUUCAACCACUUUAUGCUAUUAUAUUGAUGGGUGUAAUUAGAUUUUGGAGCGGGUCAGGUGUUGAAGUUUGGCCUUCAUGGACAAUUAAUUCAUUAUAUUUAGGACAACCUUAUAUUCAUGCAAUUGCUGUGAGCUGGGUAAGUCGAAAUUCAAAUUCUGUAAGGACAAGAUCAAUUUCAUCUGCAUUGUAUAAUAUGUUUGUUCAAUUAGGAGCUAUCGUUGGUCAAAAUAUAUAUAGAGAAGAUGAUCGACCAUUAUAUCGUCGAGGAAAUAUGCAAUUGUUUUGUAUUGCAAUUGGAGCAUUAUUUUGGUUAUUAUUUGUUAAGAUGUUUUACGUAUGGAAGAAUAAGAAAAGAGACGAAAUAUGGAAUAAAAUGACAGAGGAAGAACGUAAUGAUUACAGAAUGAAUACAAAAGAUGAAGGUAACAAGAGAUUAGAUUUUAGAUUCCAUCAUUAA